UCAUAUUUUACACGUAAGCUGCGAUUGUAAUACCUGUUACACAAAAUCCAUGCAAAACAUGUCGGAAAUUUCUUUAGGUAGAUAUCUUUUCGAAAGAUUAUACCAAUUAGAAGUGCAAACCAUUUUUGGGCUCCCAGGUGAUUUCAACUUGUCCCUCUUGGAUAAGAUCUACGAAGUUGAAGAUGUUCAUGGCAAGGGCUCAUUCAGAUGGGCUGGUAACGCCAAUGAAUUGAAUGCCGCCUAUGCUGCCGACGGGUAUGCCCGAUUAAAGAGAAUUUCCUGUUUGGUGACCACAUUUGGGGUUGGUGAAUUGUCGGCCUUGAACGGUGUGGCCGGUGCUUACGCUGAACACAUUGGGUUGAUCCACGUUGUUGGUGUGCCCUCGAUUUCGUCCCAGUCCAAGCAAUUGUUGUUGCAUCACACUUUGGGUAAUGGUGAUUUCACCGUGUUUCACAGAAUGUCCACCAACAUUUCUCAAACUACUGCGUUCAUUUCCGAUUUGGCUACUGCUCCUAAGGAAAUUGACCGGGUUAUUAGAACCGCCUACACUUUGCAACGUCCUGUGUACUUGGGUUUGCCAGCCAACAUGGUUGAUUUGACUGUUCCUGCUUCAUUGUUGGACACUCCAAUUGACUUGUCCUUGGAACCAAAUGACAGCGAAGCUCAAGAAGAAGUUAUUGAAACUAUCUUGACUUUGGUUAGACGUGCCGAAAACCCAAUCAUUUUGGUUGAUGCUUGUGCCGCCAGACACGACUGUAAGCCAGAAGUUAAGCAAUUGGUUGAACUCACUCAAUUCCCCGUGUUUGUUACCCCCAUGGGUAAAGGUACUGUUGAUGAAGGUGGAGUUAGUGGAGACUUGCUUUCCGACGACCCACAAUUGAUUUCUAAAAUCACAGCUAAAUUAGCCCAAGGUAAGACUGUGGCUUCUAGAUUUGGUGGGGUUUACAUUGGUACUUUAUCUAAGCCAGAAGUCAAGGAAGCUGUUGAACAAGCUGAUUUGAUUAUUUCUGCUGGUGCAUUAUUAUCUGAUUUCAACACUGGUUCAUUCUCGUACUCUUAUGGUACUAAGAAUGUCAUUGAGUUCCACUCUGACCAUACCAAGAUCAGACAAGCCAUUUUCCCUGGUGUCAAGAUGAAGGAACUUUUGCAACAGGUGAUUUCCAGAAUUGGUCCUGUAGUCAAGGGAUACAAGCCAAAGCCAGUGCCAAAGAUUAAGAUGAUCAACACUCCUGCUCCAAAGACUGCUUCUUUGACUCAAGAAUGGUUAUGGACCAAGGUCAGUUCCUGGUUCCAAGAAGGUGAUGUCAUUAUUAGUGAAACUGGUACUUCUGCAUUCGGUAUCCCACAAACCAGAUUCCCUAAUGACGUUGUGGGUAUUUCCCAAGUUUUGUGGGGUUCAAUUGGUUACUCGGUGGGUGCUACUUUGGGUGCGGUCAUGGCUGCGCAAGAAAUCAACCCAGAUAAGAGAGUCAUUUUGUUUGUUGGUGACGGUUCAUUGCAAUUGACUGUACAAGAAAUCAGUACUAUGAUUAGACAUGGAACUACACCAUACCUUUUCGUGUUGAACAAUGAUGGUUAUACCAUUGAAAGAUUGAUUCACGGGGAAAAUGCUGGAUAUAAUGACAUUCAACCAUGGAAGAAUUUGGAAUUGUUGAACUUAUUCAAUGCUAAGGACUAUGAAUCUAUCCGUAUUUCUACAAUUGGGGAAGCCGAAGCUAUAUUUUCAGACAAGAAGUUUGCCAAGAACUCCAAGAUCAGAUUGAUUGAAGUUAUGUUGCCAAGAAUGGAUGCUCCACAAAAUCUUGUCAGACAAGCAGAAAUCACUGCCAAGACUAAUGAAGGUUAAAAGUUCCGUGAUCUAUUCCUUCACCUGUUUAUGUAAAAUUGCGAUGACUAUUUUUUAUAGUAUUUUUAUUUAAUAGUAUUUGUCAUCAUAAACUAUUAUGCAAUGCAUACUAUGAUCAGUAAUGUCUAACGGGCUUGCCUUGUAUGAUAUGAUUAUUAAUGUAUAAAUGGCUUAUGUUGAAGUUUAAUGUGUCAUAAGGCUUAUCUUUG